AUUCUUGUUUUUUACAAAGUCACUACUUGGAUGUUAAUCAUCGCAUCUACUCAAAUGUGCCACAUACAAGGUUAGAUUAUCCACGUGACUCCUGUCAUAUUUUCAAACGUCUAAAAGUAUGUUUCUCAUUUCCGGUGUGUAAAUGUGUCUCACUGUGUCUCCCUCAGCACUAAUGUUUUUUAAUCUUUUCCUCCCUCUGCUGGUGAUUGUGUGGAACAGUAGCAGUUACUGAUAUAAACCGUGUGGCGGUUAUGAUGAUGAUGAUUUUGAUGAUGAUGAUGAUGAUGAUGAUGGAACAGCACUAGAGCAGUUUGGAGAUGAAGGUCUUGUUCCAGGACACAGCAGGAGACUUGGGUUAAUGAGGGACAUGAUGAGAUAUUAUUAUGAUAUAUCUUGUAGUUAAAGAUACAUUUUGUAAAUACACUAUUGCUUAAAGCUUAGUUGGAAACAAACAAAAAAAUACACCCCCCUGUUAAAAUGGCAGAUUUUUGUGAUGUAAAAAAAUAAUAAUUCCAAGGCAUUGGAUAUACCGUGGAAGACUGUAAAGAGAAUAAUCAAGAAGUGGAGAAAGUAAGUUUCCUUGAAAAGUUCAAGGCAAACCUGUGACUCCAUUUCCCAGAAUGCACCAUGAAAUACAAUCAUGGCCGACGACUACAACUCCAAAAGCUACACGCUGUGACGUCACCUUCUCUUGAGAGCUAAUCAGUCACAUCUGUUCCCAAUUACAAGCUCACGCCCACUACACUCCUUAAGAGACGCACGCACGCCUUUGCCAAGCCUUGCUACCUUGUUUGUUUAUUCUGGUUUUGGACUUUGAUGUGUAGUUUUUUUAAACUGCCAUACUGCACUUGCUUCUGUCUCGGCCUCCGUUAUGAAAUACAUGACAGUGACACUACUAAGAACAGGACGUCCCUCUAAAAUCUCUCCUGAGAAGAUCAGGAGAAACCUGGUCAGGGAGGCUGCCGAGAGGCCUGCGGCAACAUUAGAAGAGUUGCAGCAAUUUCUGGAAAGUACUGGUGGCUCCUUACAUGUGACAACAAUCUCCCGAAUUCUUCAUAUCUCCGGGUUUGGGGUAGGGGGGCAAGACAUAAGCCUUUUUCAACCAAUAAAUAAGCUUCAGAAACACUGUAUAUUGUGUAUAAAUGCAUUGUUCUUAGUUAAUUUACUGCACUGUUCAAAUUUAGCUCUGUGUAGUCUCGUAUUGAAUAUGUAAUAAUUGGUGUGCUUAUUGAUUGUUUACACACGUGUUGAUAAGAUAAUUGGGGGCGGGGUCUCGGGGCCCGGUGAGUGUAGGAUUACACAAAAAUGUUCACAGGUAUACCUGAUGUGUCUGUCUGUACUGUAUAUGUGCGUCUUCCCCUUUAAUUUUAUGACCGCAGUGUGUUAAUCUUAACUUCCUGUCUUUGCACCUCCUCUUCCCUUUCUGAACUGGGUUUGCAGGGGAGAGGAAAAUGGCCGAGGCCAGUAUUUCAGUAGAUCAGGACCAGUUCAGCUGUCCAGUGUGUCUGGAUCUCCUGAAGGAUCCGGUGGCGAUCCCCUGUGGUCACAGUUUCUGUAAGGUGUGUAUUAAUGACUGCUGGGAUCAGGAGGAUCAGAAGGGCGUCUACAGCUGUCCUCAGUGCAGAGACACUUUCACUCCGAGGCCUGUUCUACGCAGAAACAACAUGCUGGCUGAAGUGGUGGAGAAACUGAAGACUGAAGUUCAAGCUGCUUCUCCUGCUCACUGUUACGCUGGACCUGGAGAUGUGGAGUGUGAUUUCUGCACCAGGAGAAAACACAAAGCCGUCAAGUCCUGUCUGGUGUGUGUGGCUUCUCUUUGCGAAACUCAUUUAAAACCUCAUCUUGAAAUUCCUGCUUUGAAAAAGCACAAGUUAGUCGAAGCUUCUGGAAAUCUCCAAGAGAAGAUCUGCUCUGAGCAUGAUAAAGUGCUGGAGGUCUACUGUCGUACUGACCAAAGCUUCAUCUGUUAUCUGUGUAUGACGGAUGAACACACAAGCCACGACACCGUCUCAGUUAAAGCGUACAGAACUGAAAAACAGAGAGAGUUAAAGGAGGAGCAGAUGAAAUCCCAGCAGAGAAUCCAGGAGAAGCAGAAGAAGGUGCAGGAGCUGAAACAGGCUGUGAACACUAUAAAGCUCAGUGCACAGACAGCAGUGGAGGACAGUGAGAGGAUCUUUACUGAGAUGAUCAGCUCCAUGGAGAAAAGGCGCUCGGAGGUGACGGAGCUGAUCAGAGCUCAGGAGAAGGCUGAACUGAGUCGAGCUGAACGACUCCUGGAGCAACUGGAGCAGGAGAUCGCUGAUCUUCAGAGGAGAGUCACUGAGCUGGAGCAGCUUUCACACACACAUGAUCACCUCCACUUCCUCCAGGAAAUAAAGGUUUUAGUCUCCGGCCGUCGCUCUCCCGAAUCUAUUAGACCAGAUUUUCAGUCUGAUCUCUGUGAGGACUCACGCAGCAUCACUGUCAGUAAACAUCUCUCAUUUGAUGGAGUGAGGGAAUCUCUCUCUGCUCUGAAAAAGAGACUCGAGGAAUUCUGCCAGGAGGAAUUCAUCAGAAUCCCUGAACACGCUGCAGCAGUUCACAUCAUUUUACCCCCAGAUCCAAAGAGCAGACAAGACUUUCUGCAGUAUUUCUGUGAUCUGACUCUGGAUCCCAACACAGUACAUUAUUACCUCAUUCUGUCUGAGAGGAACAGAGCGGUGACGUACAGUGGGAGAAAGCAGCAGUACUCUGAUCAUCCAGAGAGAUUUGACUCCUACAGUCAGGUGUUGAGUAAGGAGAGUGUGUGUGGACGCUGUUACUGGGAGGUGGAGAGGAGCGGUGCUGAUAGUGUGUACAUAUCAGUCUCAUAUAAAGACAUCAGCAGGAAAGGACGGGGUAAUGAGUGUUGGUUUGGACGCAACAAUCAGUCCUGGAGUCUGCGGUGUUCUUCUUCUUCUCUCUGUUUCUUUCACAACAACAUUAAGACUGCACUCGGAGUUCCAUCGUCCUCCAGAAUAGGAGUGUAUGUGGAUCACAGUGCAGGAACUCUGUCCUUCUACAGCGUCUCUGACACGAUGACGUUCCUCCACAGAGUCCACACCACUUUCACUCAGCCUCUAUACGCCGGGUUCUGGCUCGGGUCUUUUGGAUCAACUGUGAGAUUACGUGAUCCAGAAUAAAAUAUCAGAAAUGUGAUUUUUAUUGAAUUAAAAUGAGCAACUUUACUUUUUUAUAUCAAGCUUAAUUCUUAAAUAUGAGGCAUUUAUUUGUGAUUUCCCAGUUUUCCUUUAUAAUGUUAGAUCUUUCCUCUGUCUUUUAGGAGAUUUCAGUAUUACACAGUAAUGCUUGAAAGUUUGUGAACCCUUUAGAAUUUUCUAUGUAUCUGCAUAAGACCUAAAACAUCAUCAGAUUUACACAAGUCCUAAAAGUAGAAACUAUUACACUUGGUCAUUUAUUUAUUGAGGAAAAUGAUCCAGUAUUGCAUAUCUGUGAGUGGCAAAAGUAUGUGCACCUUUGCUGUCAGUAUGUGGUGUGAGCUCCUUGUGCAGUACUAACUGCAGAUAAGCGUUUGGGGUAAGUGUUGAUCAUCUGCACAUCGGCUCGGAGGAGUUUUAUCCCGUUCCUCAGUACAGAACAGUUUCAACUCUGGGGUGUUGGUGUGUUUCCUCACAUGAACUGCUCGCGUCAGGUUCUUCCACAACAUUUCUACUGGAUUAAGGUCAGGUCUUUGACUCGGCCGUUCCAAAACAUGAACUUUAUUCUUCUUUAACCGUUCUUUGGUUUAAAGACUCGUGUGUUUAGGGUCGUUGUCUUGCUGCAUGAUCCACUUUCUCUUGAGAUUCAGAUCACGUACAGAUGUCCUGACAUUUUCCUUUAGAAUUCUCUGGAAUAAUUCAGAAUUCAUUGUUCCAUCAAUGAUGGUAAACCGUCCUGGCCCAGAUGCGGCAAAACAGCCCCAAACCAUGACACUACCACCACCACGUUUCACAGAUGGGAUAAGGCUCUUAUGCUGGAAUGUAGUGUUUUCCUCUCUCCAAACAUGAUGCUGGUCAUUUAACCCAAAUAUUAUGUUUUGGUCUCAUCCAUCCACAAAACAUAUUUUUCAGUAGCCUUCUGGCUUCUCCAUGUGAUAUUUAGCAAACUGCAGAGGGGCAGCAAUGUGCUUUCUCCUUGCAACCCUGCCAUGUACACCAUUGCUGUUCAGUGUUCUCCUGAAGGUGGACUCAUGAACAUUAACAUUCGCCAUCGUGAGGUCCCUCACUCACACCUGAUCAUCGUCCCAUUGAUUGAAAACACCUACAUAUAACUUCACCUUCAAAUUAACUGCUAAUCCUAGACGUUCACAUACUUUUGCCACUCACAGAUAUGUAAUAUUGGAUCAUUAUAUAAUAUUUUUGUCUCAUUUGUUUAAUUGGGUUCUCUUUAUCUACUUCUAGGACAAAAUCUGAGGAUGUUUUCGGUCAUAUUCUGCUUCAAUACCGUGUUAAAAUUCAUGUUGGUCCACUCAUUAAUCUGACAUAUGAAUCAUCAUGACUGUACUUAUACUGUAUAUAUUCAGUUGGAUGGAUUCUUGGAUGACAAAAUAAAAAAAAUAUUUAAAUAUGUGUUAAAUCCAUGUGUAAUGUCUAUGUUUGUGUCAUUUUUGUGUGUUUUGGUAUGACUAUUACACUGUGUUGCCUUAAUCAGCACCUUGUAAUCAGAAUUUAAUAAAAACGUUAAAUGCAAAGCUAAUUUAUCCCAGAACAAACAGAAAACCUACUGCAGCAUACAGUAGCUGCACACACAAAUCCAUUGCUGUGUCGGUUACGCGCUCUGCAGCGUAAAUCACUGCAGUGUCAGUCAGAUCAUUAACUGUAAAUACGUGUGAAUGCACUUCAUGUCAUACUCGUGGCCCAUCAUGCGCUUUUCUCAUUUACCAUGCACUCUCAUUCAUGUGCUGGACAUUUUAGUUCAGAAUGCAGGACGACAUUUGAAAUGCUCCUGCUGUUUAUAUUCCAGUUUCAUUUAGUUUGGACUUUCAUUAAUGUGUAUACGUAAACAACCGUAUAGUUCUGUGUAGACAACUGUAACUAAGUGUGCUGUUUUCUGUAAAGAACUGUAUUCUCUGGUUCUGUUUUCUUCUCUGACUCCUUGAGGUGUAGAUCAGUUUGUUCAUUUGAGCGUUAUGAUACAUUAUGUGAAAGAGUGUAAGUAUCGUAUGACGCGAGUAGCUCUCAGACACUUUCAUUGUUUUGAAAAUAGCUCUGAAUUGAAAAAAGGUUGGAGAGCCCUGUUCUAGAGUAAUAGGUUAAUGAGAAUAAGAAAUUUAACACGUUUUCUAGUUAAACUGUCGUGUGUUUAUACGCGUCAGCUUUAAGAGACGGGACCAGGAGCACGGCUUUUCCUCUCUACGUCAAUAUCGCAGUUCUUUUAAGGGGAAAGCUGCUUUACGGGGUCGCCGGUUGACGUCACGACACAUGGCACAAAACUGAUUUUAUUUAAUAGCUGAACAUUCUGGCUUUGUGAAACCUACUUCAAUCAAAUGAAAUGAAACUGUUUUAAUUAAUGGCAUAUCUUUCCCCCGGGUUAUGGAAGUAUAAUAGUGCCAAAUGUCUUCAGGGCAAAAUGACAUGUUGAAUUACAAAAAUUGAAUAAAAACUUAUUUCAAUAAC